AACGGAUGGUUCGGAAGGCAGUCAUGAUGGCGGAAACAUCGGAGGCGGUUGCGACGAAGCCAGUAACAGUUCUUUCCUGCAAUUCACCAAACAAAAAGUCGAUGGCAGCAUGUAGAGUACUGUUUUACAUCGCAACAACACCUUUUAUCGAAUGCUGCAACAUUCGUAGAAUAGACGUUUUGAGCUUCGCAUUUUCCCAGGUCACUUCUCGUAUUCGGAGACGUACCUAUCCAAUCGCUUGAAUCUCGUAUUCCUCAUGUCUUUAUUCAGACUCCUACCUGCUUUACAACUCUUCUAUGCACAGUUCGCAUCUGCGCAGACCUCUUCUACAAGCAUAUCCGCUUCGACUCCUACAGCGCUCUCAAACAACCUCUUACCCGCAGCUUUAUUAGAACCUACAAUAUCACCGAAUGCUACUCAAAUCUCAUCGGCCCCUCAAUCAAUCACAACUAUAGUGGGAGUGUCACGUCGAACCGUAUCGAUAAGUUCGAAUGCGACAAGUACCUCUUCAUUCUCUCCGCAACCAACCAACAGUCAACCGUGCAAUGGCCAUGUCGAAUUUUGCAACCGGAGAUUCAGUAAUGUUUCCAUGGUGGUCGCCCACAAUUCACCAUUUGCAGUAGCUCAUAACGCUGCUAGUAACCAGGCGCUUCCGGUUCUGACACAACUCAAUGAUGGCAUUCGAGGGUUACAAUUUGAGACUCACAUUCUUAACGGAACAGUCCAACUUUGCCAUACUAACUGCAAUCUUCUAAAUGCCGGUUCCCUCGAAGCCUACCUCGAACUUGUGUCGGGAUGGCUUGCCGACAAUCCAUACGAAGUCAUCGCAAUCAUGAUGGGCAACGACGCGCGAGUAUCUCCAACGACAUACAUCCAGCCCUUCACUGCCGCCGGGAUGCUCCCAUACCUGUACCACCCCAGCGUCCCCACCGCGAACCUAACCCAAUGGCCCACACUAUCAGAAAUGAUCCUCGCGAACAAGCGCGUCGUAGUAAUGCUCGACUACCUCGCAAACCAAGACGCCGUCCCAUGGCUCCUCGACGAAUUCUCAUACCAAUGGCAAACCCCCUUCUCGCCCACCGACCCAUCCUUCCCCUGCACCGAGCAACGCCCGCCUAACCAGCCAGACGACGUCUCCCGGGACAAGAUGUACAUGGUCAACCACAACCUGAACAUCGAGAUUAGCGACCUCAUCCCCGGGGUGGGACCCAUGCUGAUACCCGCCUACACGCUCCUCGAUGCCGUCAACGCAGUGUCAGGGAACGGAAGCUUGGGCGUAAACGUCGAGCAGUGUACUUCCAUGUGGGGGCGUCCGCCGAAUUGGCUGCUUGUGGAUUACUAUAAUUAUGGAAACUUCAAUGGCUCGGUGUUCCAGGUCGCGGCGAUGGCGAAUAAUGUCACAUACAGUCAAGACUCGUGUUGUGGGACGGUCCUCAGCAAUCGUGCACAUGGGAAGUUUUCUCAAGUGCCAGUCAAGGCGCUCUUUGCUGUGUUCAGUUUCCUUGUUUUUCUGUUUUCAUGACAGGUCGUCUUCUUUUUCUGCGGACGGUGUUAAAGCGUUACGUUGUCCUUCCUAUUGGCAUUUCUGGAAAUCUAAGACAGCUGGCUGUUUUUCUUCACAUCGUUUUUGCUUUUGAGCGGUUGCUUUUGUUGUGCUUUUUUCUUGAUGAUUGAAAUGAUGGCGUAAUUGGCGUAAACAUUCCUACCACGAUUGUAUUUCGCUCUGCAUUGUCGUUUGGCGUUACUUUACGUAGACGUCUCCUACCUCUCCUUUGAAAUCCCGAUUGAAUAGAAUCUCGCACGACAGCUUCUUAAACGGAUGGUUCUUGUUUCCGUCUCUGCGCGCAAGUUCGCAGCGUCACCAUCUCGAGUUAUCUGUACGAAUGUAUGAAG